UUUCCCUCGCUUCGGAAAAAAAAUUAUGUUCAGGAACUAUAGAACAUUUACAUAAAUGUAAAAUAAAUGUUUUCUUCAAACGAAAGUUCUGUUGGAAAUGAACAACUGCGAGUCAAAAUUGUAACAGUAGCUCGUAUAUUUUGUUUGAUACGCACGAAUACACUUGAUUGUGCAUUUUGAACAUCCAAAAUGGAUUUUCAAGAUGAUGUUAAGAAAGUGACAUCGCUCCCUUUAGCAGAUCAGGCUAAAUUUUAUCAGCUGACAGGUUUGUGUCAAGCUGACAAGGAUCGCAAAAUGAAUGAAAGAAAAGUGAAAAAUCCACGAAAUUUACUAUUGUUGGAAGAUGAUAUUGACGAUAAUGUCCAGGAAAAUGAUAUAACUCAUGCUGAAGAUCCUGAAGUUUACAUUCAUCCUUUGCGAAUGGGAGUAAAUGUAAAAAGAUUCAAAAACAUUGAUUUUACUGUUCCACGUGUCGGCAAGAAGAUAAAAGAGGCGCCCCAACAAUAUUUUCUUCGAACAACUACCGAUGAUUCAUUUAAGUUUGUGAAAAAAGACAAAAGUACAAUGUAGUUGAAAAACGAGAUCGUAUUUUGUUAUAAUGAAUAUCACAUAAAAGCACAAGCAUAUAUAUUUUUUAUACAUAAAUAUUUAUAUGAAAAUAUAUAUUGAUUUCGUUUUAAUUAUGAUAAAUUUUGUUAGACUAAAUAAGUUUUCAAGUCUCUCAAGAUUACGAAAUUCGAGAUUAAUGAUAAAAAUAUUUCUAGAUUCAUGAAAUAUUUGCGUUGCUUAGUUUUUUUUUAUUAUUAAUCUAUGUUCUAAGCGUCAGCAUAUAAUUACUUACUAUAACUUAUACAAAUUAUUUUCAAAUUAAAUUAUGAAGCGAUCAUUUUUACGAUCAUUCACGUUUUAUAUUGUGAAAUGAUUUAUAUUGUUAUGUAAUUUUCAUUUAAAUAUAUGUUCUUAUUGAAUUCAUUACAGAACAUUAAAAAAUAAUGGGUCUCGAAAUGAGAGCCAAAAAUAUUCUCAGCAAGAAAUAUCCUCAAUGUUUUAUUUGGAUAUAAAUAUGUUCUCUAAUGAAAACAAAGACAUAUAGAUCAUAGAGUUUGUAGACAAUAAUUAAGAAUAGAAUAGAAAUAAGGAUGAAUUGAAAUUCUCUUAAAAAUUAUAUUUCUUAUGUAUGUCUGUUCGUUUCUCAUAUAUGCAUAUAAAAGAAUAACAUGUAAAAUUUAAAUAUAGAAAAUAAGUUGUUAUAAUUUAGUUGUAAUAAAUGGUCACUUGAA